UUUUUUGAUUGGCCAAAGCUCUUGGUUGAGCUCUGCUUCUAGUAUUAUCGAACUUCCAACUCAAAUCAUGCGCCCAAGCUUCCGAGCACCGUCUACUCCUCCCUCGAGGUCUCCCUCACCCAACUCUACCAUCCGCCCCCGGAUCAGCCGCCAUCUUCGUCCUCGCUGUCUCGCGUUUCUUCCUCUCUUGCCUCCCACACCCAUUGGAUUGUGUGAUGCGUUGAGUCAUUGGAUUUUGGACUAGUUUGCCUGAUGUUGCCUUUGGGAAUGGAGGGGUGCUCCCGUGCGUCGUACUAGUCUAAUAUCAAUCCCGAGGCCGAUCUGGAGUCACAUUCGUGGUAUCGCCAGAUUUCGAGCAUUUGAUCGAUCAAUACUGUCGGUCGCGUCUGAAAUGGUGGCCUCAACCCAUGCACUCCAUGACGAGACUUAAUUGAUCUAAUUCUUCCAUUCUUUCCAUUUCUUUUCUUCUUUUCAUGUCUUCUCAACUGCCCCCUAAGCCCCGCAAAUUAGAACAUAUCUCGAUGGGUCGUUCUUCGUUGUUGCCACUUUCGCUUCCAUUCACGACAUGAAGCUAUCCGCACAUUUGGACCACUUCUGUCUUGCACCUUGCCAUUUCAUUUUCCUGUAAAUGCAUUCUGCCUAAAAGCUCAUCUGGCUUCCGCGGGAUCAUGCUGAUAUUUUUUUGCAAUUUUUUGCAGCAGCAACUCGGCCCUGGGAGUCCAGAUGAUCGACUCGCUUUGUUUUGACGAUGUGUCGCGUCCGUCGUACUCUGCCCGUCGGAUCGAGUUUUGGCUCCACGCGACAAUGAGGUUACCAAAAUACUCCCAAGAUGGCUCGAGUGAGCUAUGGGAUACCGUCUCGGUGUUUUUGGAAUUAUCCAAGUUUCUUACCAGCAACUACGACUCAACCGCGUGAAGGGCAAGUGCUACGCCCUGGCGAGGCCGUCGCGUCUCAGGAGGCGCCACUUGUUGCAAUCGAGGAAUGCGGGAACGACCGGCUUCAAGCAUUGUGUCUUCGAGACAUACAGCGCAGUACUCGAGAACCUUGUGCUUAUUCAGGUCUCGACGGUGUUCGAUUCUGGAAAAGUGCAUGGCACGUCUUCUGGAAUUGUGUCGUAACCGCGACUCCGGGAUCUCGCCCAGUGGUGAGGGGUCACGACAAUCGGCACCUGACAUCACCCACAUUUCCUACCAAGGUGGGAACCUUUCGAAUCAUUGAAGCAGGGACUAGGAUGGCCUCAAUUGGGAGAGGCACUGCUCGAUCGAUAUUGCACUCAUUUGACGGCUUUCAGAGGCAUCUGUGAGCUGGGCAGCAGUCGGUUUCAAGCGACAAGCACGCAACGCGACCAGGCAGGGUCUACGGCAAGCAACGCAUCCACGAUGCCCAUGUCCGCAAAAUGAAAGCACAACCACUCCCAUAUGCGAGGUUUCUCUGUUUUCUAUUGCUUUCUCUCAUGUGACUGGUUUCUCUUGAUACUUUGCACUUUAUCAGCAACAGUCGACGUUUUGGCAUCAUACUCAGGGCUUGACCGUGUUUCAUUCCCAAAAUUGCGCCCAGACUGGCGAGGGCGCUGCAACCACUGAUGUGCAUGUUGGCCCAGAAUUCAGACAAGAACUAGAACGCGAGCUUCGAUAUCGAUGAACAGGCAAUUCUCUUGGUGGGCGAAGGUAGUUGUGCCACUUCGACGGUUACUUCUCUCUAAGCAGCGACCACGCAGCCGGCAGACUUGUUCCAUAAUGGAAUUCUAGGUCUCAGACUGGUCGCCUUGCCGCACUCC